UGGGUAAAAGGUCCGACCGUAGAUACUGACUGCGCAGGCGCCGCGCUCCUCCCCCGGGUGACCCCACAGCCAGGGUAGAGGCCGUUGCUAUUGGGCCGCUGCGCUACUUUGGCUGCUAGUUCGCCUGAGCGGGGGCGGAGCUGCCUCUCGGAAGCCAUCCUUAUCAUCCCGGUCGGCCCGGCUGUGGUACAGACCUCCAUGAACAGGUAUCAGGCAGCCCUGCUGGGCAUAGGCCUGCUGUUCAUGCUGCUACUGUAUGUGGGGCUGCCAGGUCCCCCUGAGCAGACUUCCUGGCUCAGCGGAGACCCCAAUGUCACAGUGCUGGCUGGCCUCACCCAGGGUAGCUCCCCUGUCUUUUACCGCGAGGUGCUUCCGCUCCACAAGCCACGCAGCAGGGAUGUUCUACAACUAAUCGGUUUGGGAUACUGUGUACUGAGUGUCACACUGGUCCCAAUAUCUUUCCCCACUGUGGUUGGCAGCACCCCUGAGCACUUCCCAGCCAGCCUUAGUUCCCUGGUGCUGUUCCCAGGUUUUGGGAACUCGGCACCUUCGAAAGAAACAAGCACAGAGGCAGGACGGGCAGAGCUGCUGCAGCGAGUGCUGCAGGACCUGGAGGUGAAGAAUGUCGUACUGGUGAGCCCUUCACUCAGCGGCCACUAUGCCCUGCCCUUCCUGAUUCGAGGCCACAACCAGCUACGUGGGUUUGUGCCCAUUGCACCCACCUACACCAAGAACUACACACAGAAGCAGUUCUGGGCAGUGAAGACUCCAACCCUCAUUGUGUAUGGAGAGCUGGACCAUGCCCUGGCCCAAGAGUCACUGCAGCAGCUCCAACACUUGCCCAAUCACUCUGUGGUGAAGCUGCCCGAUGCAGGUCAUGCCUGCUACCUCCACAAGCCUCGGGACUUCCACCUCACCCUUCUUUCCUUCCUUGACCAUUUGCCUUGACCACUUUCCCCAGACCUGUCCUGCUCAUGGAGGGCCUGGGCCACUGUGCCCUUCCACCCCAUUCCUGGGAUUGGAGGGCAGAGAUCAGAGGGGCAGGCCCAGCCAGGAUAGUUCAUUUCACAGGUGCAAUAAAUCAAAUCAAUUUGUCUUGCUA